CGGGCCCCGUCUCAGCCCAGCCCGGCCCCUUUGCGCCUGCCUUCCCCAUCCAGCUCCCCAUCUCCAUCCUCCUCCAUCCGUCACCUUCACCUCUCCCUCAAACAUCCAUCUUCAUCUCCAUCCCUCAUCAACCCUAUCUCUGCCGAUCGCGGGCUUCGUCGGCACUCUCACUGCUUUCAACAUCCAACACAACCCUCCAACCCGCUGUGCAUCCAGGUGCUGCCCACCAUGAAGGGAGCUCUCCUCACUGCGGCGGCAGUCCUUCUGGGCUCCGCCAACGCCGGCGUCCACAAGAUGAAGCUCAAGAAGAUCCCUCUUUCCGAGCAGAUGGAGACGAUGCCUCUCGAGGGUCAGGUCCGUGGCCUCAGCCAGAAGUACCUUGGCGGCCGGCCCGUCGAUGUCCACUCCCAGGCCAUCUUCCACGACUCGACUGCCCACAUUGAGGGCGGCCACCCUGUCCCCAUCUCCAACUUCAUGAACGCUCAGUAUUUCUCUGAGAUCAGCCUUGGCACUCCUCCCCAGUCCUUCAAGGUCGUCCUUGACACUGGCAGCUCCAACCUCUGGGUGCCCUCGUCCCAGUGCGGCAGCAUCGCAUGCUUCCUCCACUCCAAGUACGACUCGUCCGCCUCCUCCACCUACAAGGCCAACGGCACCGAGUUUGAGAUCCGCUAUGGCUCCGGCGAGAUGAAGGGCUUUGUCUCCCAGGACACCCUCACCAUCGGUGACCUCCACGUCAAGAACCUCGACUUUGGCGAGGCCACCAGCGAGCCUGGCUUGGCUUUUGCCUUUGGCCGUUUCGACGGUAUCCUUGGUCUUGGCUUCGAUCGGAUUGCCGUCAAGGGUGUCGUUCCCCCCUUCAACGCCAUGGUCAACCAGAAGCUUGUCGACGAGCCCGUCUUUGCCUUCUACCUCGGCAGCGAGAGUGGCCAGGACGACUCGGAGAUUGUCUUUGGUGGUGUUGACAAGGACCAUUACACUGGCAAGAUCACCGAGAUCCCCCUGCGCCGCAAGGCUUACUGGGAGGUUGACUUCGACUCCAUCUCUUUUGGCAAGGAGACUGCUGAGCUUGAGAACACUGGUGUUAUCCUUGACACUGGUACCUCUCUCAUCGCCCUUCCCACCGACCUUGCCGAGCUUCUGAACAAGGAGAUUGGCGCCAAGAAGGGCUACAACGGCCAGUACAGCGUCGACUGCUCUGCUCGUGACAGCCUGCCCGACAUCAGCUUCAAGCUCGCCGGCCACGACUUUGCCAUUGGCCCCUACGACUAUAUCCUCGAGGUCCAGGGCAGCUGCAUCUCCACCUUCAUGGGCAUGGACUUCCCUGCCCCUGUUGGUCCCCUUGCUAUUCUCGGUGACGCUUUCCUGCGCCGGUGGUACUCUAUCUACGACCUCGGCAAGGGCACCGUCGGCCUCGCCAAGGCCAAAUAAGCGACUACAACAUGGAUAUGACUUAAUGAUUACAGAUGCUGUACUUGUCUGGCAAGACGGAUAUUACAGACGUCUUACGGUAGCCCGAGCUUUGUCUAUCACGGUUCGCGCUGCUUGUGAGGUGUCCUUCGCGCAGGAUGAGCCUCGUGUGUUCACAGAAACCUUUGGAUGGCAGAUUGGCAGGCUUAAUGACAGCAGCACAGAAACCGUAUUUAGCAGCAAUAUUCCAUUGAAUUCAGAUUCUUUUAUUCUG